AUGCCAAUAAACAAUCAACAUAUCCUCUCCUUAGUAUAUGCAGUAAAGGAGAUCAAUAGGAACCCAAAUAUCUUACCAAACAUCAGCAUUGGAUUCCACAUCUCUAACGGUUAUAUUGAUGCAAGGAUGAUAUAUCUGAACACCUUGAAGCUUCUAUCCAGCCAGGAAAGGACUGUCCCUAAUUACAGUUGUGAGAAAAGGAAUAAGUUACUAGUUGUUAUUGGGGAAUCUGACUCCGAAAACUCACUUCUGAUGGCCAACAUCUUAAUCACCUACAAGAUUCCACAGCUACACCAUUUCCUGAGCAGAAUCUCAUUUAACAACAGUGUUGGAGACCAUGUGUCUUUCAAUGAAAAUGGUGAAUUAAGAUCUGGUUACGAUAUUACAAAUUUGAUUGGUUUCCCAAACAAGUCCUUUUUAAAUAUCAAGGUAGGAAGGAUUGAUCCAGAGGCUUCAUCAGGCAAGCAGUUCAUCAUUAAUGAAGACCUCAUUGUAUGGCACAAAGAGUUUAACAAGGUGGCACCAACUGCUGUCUGCAAUGAAAAUUGUCAUCCAGGUUACAGCAGGAAAAAGCAAGAGGGGAAGCCAUUUUGUUGCUUUGAUUGUGUUCCAUGUCCAGGUGGGAAGAUUUCAGAUAAGAAAGAUAUGGACGACUGUUUCAAAUGUCCAGAAGAGCAAUAUCCCAACAGACAUCAAGAUAAAUGCCUGCCAAAGGGUUUAAACUUUCUGACUUACAAUGAAGUUUUGGGUAUCAGUUUAGCCCUUUUAGCUUGUUCUUUUGCUCUGCUCACGACUGCAGUGCUUGGAAUCUUCAUUAAGCACAGGAAUACUCCCAUUGUCAAAGCCAACAAUCGGGAUCUCUCUUAUCUUCUCCUAAUUUCCCUUCUGCUCUGCUUCCUCUCCUCUUUGCUGUUCAUCGGCCGUCCUGGGAAAGUGAUCUGCCCUUUACGACAAAUGGCUUUUGCUAUUAUUUUCUCAGUCGCUAUCUCUUGUGUAUUGGCAAAAACCAUCACUGUAGUUCUGGCUUUUAUGGCCACUAAGCCAGGAUCAAUGAUAAAGAAAUGGGUAGGAAAAAAAUUGUCAAAUUCCAUUGUUCUUUUUGGCUCCCUAAUUCAGAUAGGGAUUUGUGUUUCCUGGCUAUAUACAGCUUGCCCUUACCCAAAUAUGGACAUGCUCUCCUUAAGUGAAGAAAUUGUACUUGAGUGUAACAAAGGAUCCGUUCUUCUGUUUUACUGUAUUCUCAGCUAUCUAGGGUCUCUGGCUAUUGUCAGCUUUAUUAUGGCUUUUCUGGCCAGGAAGUUGCCCAGUAGUUUCAAUGAAGCCAAAUUCAUAACCUUCAGCAUGUUGGUCUUUUGCAAUGUUUGGUUGUCCUUUGUUCCAACAUACCUAAGCACCAAGGGAAAAUAUAUGGUGGCUGUGGAGAUCUUUGCUUUCUUGAGUUCCAGUGCUGGAUUACUUGGUUGUAUUUUCCUCCCCAAGUGUUACAUAAUUGUCCUGAGGCCUGAACUAAAUAAAAAGAGCCAACUAACAAGGAGAAAUAUGGGCUAUGGGGGUUGA